AUGACUGACGUGCUGCGGCUGCUGUCCCAGGCGGAAAGGAAGGAUUUACCAACCCUCUCCCUGCUCUCUGAUAAUGAUAUUGACAGUAUUUGGGCUGAUGUAUCCGCUUACAUUGAACGACAGAUGACAUUACAGAAGGGGGUCCAGCUGGCCGGAUUGGGGACGUUCACCUUCUCUCAGCAGAGGCUGGAUCUUGGGAACAGGUCCAACGUGAUCCAACGACCCAUCUUCAUCCUGGCAGGGAAACUGCUCCAGUCUCUGGGUUUAAAGCAGACCAGGCCAUUGGCUGCAGCGACACACCUGCCGGUGGUGCAGCUGAACUUUGCAGCCGUGUCCCAGGAGACUCCUUUCAGUCGAGACGUGGUGGAGGGCUGCGUGAGAGAAACUCUCCUGUUCCUCUUCAGAGCUUUGGCCUCUGAACGAAACGUGUUUGUCACGUUCCAGGGGAUUGGAGUUCUGACCUUUACAAACAACAAGGUCCGGAUGAAGUUCAACAGAUAUUUUAUUAAUGCCAUGGAUGGAACUGGUAGGAUGCUGUUAGCCUUUAACAAAAGAUCUGGCAGCAGUGUCUCUUUACUGUCUGGUGGCGUGUCCAGGCUGCAGAGGCCACAGACGGUCAACCCCAUCACCCUGCCAACCGUCUGCUCCCCUCGGCCCCCCCACAAAGACACAGACACAGAUGGAUGGUGCAUGUCACCAGCGCCAGACCAGAGGAAUGCAGGAGACGUCCCCCAACAGAGAAACUCUAAACCCCAUCUGACACUGCAACCUGCCAAGAUGACAGCAAUCAAUCUUUUUGAAGAAGUGAAUCCAAAACCCCCGACAGAGGCCCCCACGGACAAGCCUGUAACCUUCAUCCCACCACCAGAGGGCGCUCCCACCAAACUGGAGGAACCUUGUGUGAGAGUUAGCUGCUCUGGCCACACUCGAGCUGGACAGGAGCUGUGCUACCUGUGCAUGCAGCGGGCCCAGAGAAAUGUCCCAGUGUACCUGAGGGAGCAGCAGCAGGCAGAGGAGAAAGCUCGGGACAAACUCCUGCUGCUGAAAGAACAACAGAGGGACAAGCAGCACAUGGAGGAAGAACAGGAAAAGCAGUGUGAGCAUCGUGAGCAUUCAAAGCAGGUCGCUACAUAUAACCUGCACAUGUCAGAGAAGAAAGAAAAGACGUAUCCUCUGUACCCUACUUCAUUCAUCUUCCCGGCUCGGCCGCUCACCCCCCUCAAACGGAUUCAGCAGAACCGUUACAUGAGAGAUCUCCAGAGUCAGCUCGAGAGCCGGCAGGAGCGCGAAGCUCAGGACCAGCAGAGCCGACUUUUACUGGAGCAUCUAGACCAGGUCCAGCUGGUCCAGGAGAUAGCUCAGCAGAAGGCUCAGCAGCUCCAGCAGAAACACGAGAAGACAAAGCAUUACAAGAGAGCUCUCGACACUCAGGUGGAGGAUAAGAAGCCCACUGAGCCUCCGGAGUGCCAGACUGACAACUCCAGGUUCAACCGCUGUGAGACACCAGCCAAGAACACAGAGAGCCGAGAGAGGGCGCAGAAGCUCUUUCAGGUGAAUUUUGGUGCAGCCACUCAUAAGAAAAAGGAAGAACUGCACAGCCGCCAGACACAGCUGGAGAAAGAAAGGGAAAUGCUCAAAAGCAACAAAACAGAGCUCAUACUGGACCGGAUGAAUCGCUUUGAGAAGCAGCAGCACCUCAGCAAGUCAUUAGAAGACGAGUGGAGUCGCAGCGUGAAACUCAAACACCGACGAGAGGAAGAGGAGAAGCGCUUCCUCAGGUCUGCUGGUCAGCUGCUGGUAGAUAAGCUUGCCCAGUACCAGCGCUGCUGCCAGUGUAAGAGGAGGACCACUAACUUGGGAGAAACAAACAUCUGGAAGGACUCUUAUUACCUCUCUGGAUCACAGUACAUGAUUUGAUGAUGCUGAACCUCACAGCCAGAA